AUGGCCCCAACAACCCUUCGUGCCAAGGGAAGCAAGGCCAAGCCUGCCACAGCUUCCAGGGCCAAAGAGCCCUCCUCGUCCUCCCACACCCCAGAGCCCACCGAGUAUGCGACCUCCAGGAUCAUCUCAUCAACCACCAUCAUCACCACAACGACUGUGACAAAUGUUGCACAGGCAACCAACAUAGGAAAGGCACCAAGGCUCAACUUGGCCGCCUAUCGAUAUGCAACCUGGCUGGAAGAAAACCAACUCAAAAAGACUGCAUCCUGGAUCGCCAUCGCCAUCGCUGUCUUGGUGCGCUGGAUCGUUGGCCUUGAACCCUACUCCGGUAUGGCGACGCUUCCGAGAUACGGUGAUUACGAGGCGCAAAGACACUGGAUGGAGUUGACGAUACACCGCCCGAUCAGGGAAUGGUAUUCUGACCAGUCCAAAUGGUGGGAUCUUGACUAUCCACCCUUGACUGCCUACGUCUCUUGGAUCUGUGGAUACAUCGGCGACAAGAUCAAUCCAGAAUGGUUCGCAUGGCAAACCUCGCGUGGCUUCGAGUCUCCGGAUGCCAAGUUGUACAUGCGCACGACCGUUCUUAUCUGCGAAAUCCUCGUCUAUUUUUCUGCUGUCACCGUCUUCACGAAUCGCUGGUUUGCUAACAAGCCUUGGACCCGCAAGCAUACGGCUUUAAUCUUGAUCCUUCUGCAGCCGGGCCUCAUCCUGAUCGACAGUGGACACUUCCAGUAUAAUGCUGUCAUGUUGGGCUUAGUGCUAUGGGCAAUUAACAGCUUCUUGGCCGAUCAGGAUGUUCUGGGGAGCGUAUUCUUUUGCAUGGCCUUGGCGUUCAAGCAAAUGGGACUCUAUUUUGCACCAGCGAUUUUCGCAUACUUACUGGGCAAGUCCUUCCGACAGGGCUUCUUUGGAUGUACAUGGAAGCUGAUCAAACUGGGCACGACAGUAAUCUUGACCUUGAGUUUACUGUUUUCGCCAUGGCUGCGGUCUCAGGAAGAGCUUCUGCAGGUUUUGCAUCGCAUAUUCCCAGUGUUCAGGGGCCUUUACCAAGAUAAGGUCGCUAAUGUCUGGUGUGCAGUGAACGUUGCAAUCAAGCUGCGCGAAAUGUUUCAUAUUCAGGAGCUCGUUCGUUUCAGCACAUUCGCCACAUUGGUGUCGUUCUUGCCUUCGGUUCUCCACUUGAUCGCCAAGCCGACCAAGCGCGGGCUUAUCUACGGACUCGUCAACUCUUCCCUGUCAUUUUUCCUGUUCUCGUUCCAGGUCCAUGAAAAGUCGAUUCUUAUCCCUGCACUGCCAAUCACGCUCUUGAUUUUAGACGAACCUGCCGUCGCAUCCUUGUUUGUGACACUGGCGACGUUUACAAUGUAUCCAUUGUUAAAGCAGGAGGGCCUUAUAAUGCCUUAUCUUGUGCUUUCGGGAUUCUGGAUCUGGCUGACCUCGGGCACAUUCAAAAACGCUUCCAGACUUCUGGAGUUCUCGGCCGUUGUAAGUACAUCAUGA